CCCUCCUACUUCCGUUGCUAAGGACGCUUCUGCCGAGGCUACCGCCAUGGAUCAGGAAGAGGGGCUGAAGGCCAUGGACAAUAUCGUCACUCAGUUCAACACCUAUGAAGACUUCCUGGACUCGCAGAUCACUACCGUGGACUUGUACUACCUGGAGGAUGAAACCCUGGCCCGCCAGUUGGUGGAGCUAGGCCACCGAGGGACUGGAGAGAGAGUGAAAAGGGAAGAUUUUGAAGCAAGGAAAGCAGCUAUAGAGAUUGCAAGGCUGGCUGAAAGAACUCAGAAAAAGACUCUAACAAGUGCUGGAAAAGACAUACAAGAUAAUUUUCUGACGGCCCUGGCAAUGAGAGAAGAAGACAAUCGCAAUGGAAAACUGAGUGUUCCUCCAUUGGCAACAUCUUGUAUAAACGUACUGCAAUAUCAAAACUGGGACACUGAAAGUAGUAAUCUAUUGUCCGUGAUCUUUAUUCGUGACAGAAAUUCUCAUGGGCAAGAGAUAUCAGGAUACAUCGACUAUGCCCACAGGCUAAAGACUGAAGAUUUUGAAGUCUACUUUAGCGGGAAAAAAAGACUUCUUCCAAGGCCCAAAGAUAUGAGGGUGCCCUUCUUGAAGCUAGAUUCUUCUUGGCAUCAUACUGACCACUGAACAACCUGUAGAUCCCAGUUCUCUAAACAACUAGAAAUAAAAGAGAAAUCCCUCACAGCCAGCAUUGCUAUUCAAGAUAAGGAAGAGGCACAGAACUGAGGUUGUAUCUCUCGGAGGAAAGGAAGAAAGUAUGUGAUGUAAUGGAAUAUUAUUCAGUCUUGAAAUAGAAGGAAAUACUGUUUUUGCAUGGAUAAUGUGGAGGACAUAAUGCUAAGUGAAAUAAACUAGACACAGGAAGCAAAACACUGUAUGGUCUCACUUUAUAUGUGGAAUCGAAAAAAGUCUCACUCAUAGAACCAGAAAUAGAAGGUUAGUUUACAUUCAGGGAGUUCAGGGGCAAUGGAAAUGGGGAAAUACUGGUCAUUAUAUGAAUUUUCAGUUAUGCAGGAUGAAUAAAUUCUAAAGAUUAAAUGAAUAACAAAGUGAAUAGUUAUUAGUACUCCAUUAUAUACUUGAAAUUUGCUAAGACAGUAGAUCUUAAAUGUUCUUACCACACACACACACACAUACACACACAAUAGUAACUAUGUCAAAUGAGCCUAAUGUAAUCAUUUCACAAUGUAUACAUAUAGCAAAACAUCACUCUGUAAAUCUUAAAUAUAGGCAUUUUUGUCACUUAUGCCUCAAUAAAACUAGAAUAAAAGGAUUAUAUUUAUUUGAACCACUUUAAAUGCAUUUAGGUGUAAUACUCUGUGGAAUUUGGUUAAUUAAUCUUCAGUAAAUAAACACAAGAUUAGAAAUGUUGUCGAUAUUCUUGAAAAGUCGGGUUACUUGUUUUCUGAAUAUAUGCCUUUAAAUUUUUUCACAAAUAUAUGCUUUCAUUAGUUCAAAAAGAAUAUAUAUAUAUAAUUUGAAGGAUGCAGAGCUAGAUAAUGUUUGAUGCUUCCGUCAAAGCUAUAUAGGAUCAGUCCAUUCAAAUGAAGAUGAAAAUGAGCUAUUUAGCUCAUCUGGGAAGCAGCUGUGCAGAAUUGUGGAAGGCAGUGGUAAGAAAAAAAAACACUAUUAGGUAAAGAAAGCAACAGAAAGAUGGUGAAAAGGGUAGAGGAAUAAGAAAUUAGAAUUCAUUCAAACAAAACUCACUUGGAUGAAUAAGGAAGAAGUUUUUUUCCUGCCAACUCAGUAAAUGUUUAAUCUGGAAAAGCAUGCUUCCACAUCUGUCUUAUGUUUAAUAUUGAAAAUAUUACUUCUUUAAUUUUUUAUUUUAUUUUUGAUGUGAAUUUUUGUUUAUGAAAAAAAUAAAAUAAAAAUCAGUAGAGAGACAUUGUAUUUAAUAUUACAAAUGUUAAAUACUUGAAAUAAAAUAUUCAAAAUACAAACUAGUACAUGAUCUCUUGCAUGUGCUUACCAUAGUCUCUAAUGAAAACUGAGAACAUUAGAAAUAUUAGAUAUUUGCACUGUUUGAAUUUGAGUCACCUAAUAUAUGAAAUAAUAUUUUAAGAAAUCCCAAAAUACCCCCAAUAGUUAUUUGGGACCCAUGUAAUACACAUGAUUUUCAAAAUGGAUACAAUUCAUUAAAAAGUAAUUUAAAAGGAAUAAAUGAAUUCAUUUACAUUUAUUUGUUUGAGGACAGUAUUGUAUAGGCAGGAAUGAACUAGUUCUAAACUGAAUUAGUCCUCCAUUUUUUGAAGAACUACUCUGAAAGAGCUUUCUGCUUUUCAGAUCAAACAUACAAAUUAACAUGUGGCUUCUGUGGGCUUCCUGCCUUUUCUUUUCCAGGCUUGAAAAAGUCAAAUCAUGUGUAACACAAGUAAAUCCACAAAAAGAAGAUAAAUGGAGUGAAUUGGAAAUCUAACUACCUAGAAAGAGAAAUAGGUGAAUUGAGUGCCAAUAGAGAAAUAGGUGAAAUUGAGUGAUAAUUUUUCUUUGCUUCCAUAUGUAAUAAUAAAUGUAAUGACUUAGAUUGUUUUAGUUUAUAACACAUUUACACAACAAGCAAGCAUUAUGUCAAUUUAAUAUAUUCCUUCACUCACAGAUUUUUUUAACCUAGUCAUUAUAACACAAUGACUCAAAAUAUUAUGUGUUAUUCUAGAAAUGCUAUAAUAAUGUAUCUGCAUUAAAGUAUGAUUAAUCAAGCAUAACUUGCUGCUAUAAUAAUGUAUUAUAUGUGCUAUAUUUAUGUAUCUAAUUAAGGUGUGAUUAAUCAAUCAUUUGAGGGAAGUACAGGAAAAGACUGCUGUAAGAAAAUAAUUCAGUUUGUCCUUGGAAAUGAAUAGGAAUUCACCCAAGAGAAAAGUGAAGAGCAUCACAUUACAAAUAUGAGCAGAGAAGUGAAAAAGUCAUGGCAAAUUUUAGCAACAGUGAGAAUCUGGGACCUAUUCAGUAAUUGUAAACUUCUGGAUAUAUUCUAGAACCAAGCUGAAAUGGAAUAUAAGACACACAGAAAAAAGAGCCAAAAGGACUACUUAAAAGUUAUUUACAGAGUAUUUUGUACAAGAGAUUAAACAUUUCUAAAAUUUUGUGUUCUGAAAUGUGGUAAUUAUAUAUUAGGCAUCUACUCUGAGCUAUGCUGUGCCUGGCAUUGGGAAUUCAGCAAUUGACAGUAACGGUUAACUGCUCUUGGAAUGCUUAUAUUCUUGUACAUAAAACAAAACCCAUGAAUUAUUAGAUGUACUGAUCAGGAUCAUUAAUUGCAGACAACAGAAUCUGUUGAAGCUGGUUUAAGCUUGGAGGGAUUUAAUAUGCAUAUAAUUAGUUCACAACAUCACUGGAGGACUGAAGAAACAGACUUUAGGUUUAGCUUUCCUAAUAACUAUUAAAGCCAUGCUGAAGAACUAAGGUGGCAAAAAAGCUGCAGCCUCUACUACAAUCAGAAAACUGCAUUAUCAGGAAGCUCCUACUACUGUGGAUAGCUCCAGAAACAUGUUUCUGCAAGUCAGGAGCCACAAUAUCAAGAAUCUUCUGCCACACCUGACAACUCUAGAGCUGUGCCUUUUCUACCAAAAUCUAUUUGAGCCCAGUUGCUCCUUAUGUCCUGUGUCUUGCCCCCAUAACUAAGUUUCACAUUAAUUUCCCCUGCGAGAGCUUCUGAUUUGUGAAAGCUAAGUUGAAACAGGAUAUUUUGCUGACCCUUCACAGACCUCACAACAGGGGUGCCUCACUUAGCCCAUAGCACUCAACCCCUUGCAGGAGAGUGCAUGCAGGUGAGCCAGUGCAGGAGCCGGGGCAAGUGCUUUUGGUCAAUGGCAGGAGUGAACUCCUUGUGGGGCCUUGUGACCAGAUCCAGGGAGGCCUCUGCCUUGUGCAGAUGGCUUAAGUGUUAACAGCUCAGCGAGACCUCUUCUAUCCACACUCACAGCUUGAGCUCUUGACUGGUGUCCAAGAAAAAUAAGGUCACAUGAAUGAAUUGAAGAUGGUAAAUGUGGGGCAUUUUAUUGCCAAAGAAAGUGGCUCUCAGCAGGAUGGGGAGUUGAAAAGGGGAUGGGCAGGAAGGCAAGCCUCCCCUGAAGUCCUACUGUCCCUGAUCAGACUCCUUUUCAAAGCUACACCUUCAAGCUGUUUCUCUGAAGUCAAUCUGCUUCCUCUGAAGUCAAUCUGCUUCUCUCUAACAUCCAACCAUAGUCUCUGAUGUCCAGCUGCUACUCCUCCCACUGCCAGCUUAGCCUGGGGUUUUUAUCGGCACAGGAUUUGGGGGUGGGAUGGGUGAUUUUGGAAAAGGAAACAUCUGAGUGGGAAAACAGGAAUGUGCAUUCUCAUUUUGGGCCAUGGUAUCAGGCUUUUCAGCUUGAUACCAUGAAUUCUGCCCAGAAUUUUCCUGUCUCCAGUCACUAUCAAAAUUACAUGGGAAAACCCAGAUGUAAGAUAAUCUGAGAAAAGUAGGUUUUACCUUUCUACCUCUGCAAUCCAUAAAGGCAUACCAUAAAGGGAUUUGAGUGGGUAUGGAGCAAAAUAAUUUAUGGACUAUGACAAUGAUGAUGAGUUAGUUAAAUAAACAAUUUUUAAUAAGUAAUUUCCAGGAAAUAAAAGGAAGCCAAUACUGAGAGUAAGCAGGCAGGAGCUACUUUAGACAAGAAAAUCAAGAACAGCUUCUCUGAAGAGGUAAAAUUUAGGUUGAUUCCUACAAUAUAAGGGCUUGUUAUCUUUUCAUGCAAAGAAUAAGGAAAAUAUUAUUUUAGGCAAAUAUAUCUAUCAUUCAGUUAAAGAGUAAGAUCUCUUUAGUCAAACGGGAUUGAACAGUCUCUGCCCCUUACUAGCUUGGUGAUCUUGGGCAAUCUACUCAAACUCUCUCACACUUAUGUAUAACAUGAGCUUAAUAAUGACACCAACAUGGAAUGCUACUGUGAAGAUUUUACAAGACAAUAUAUGUAGAGCACUUAAAACAGUCACUGGCACAUAGCACACACAAUUUAAAAAUUUUCUAUUAUUAUUAACAUUUCCAACUGUUAAAUUUGAGUUAUCUAUGAGAUAUGUCUAGAUAUGAGAGGUCUGUAGAUACAAACCUAGAAGCAUUUAACAUAAAGUUAGUGCUUAAAUCUCUGGGAAAGAAUGCAACUAACUAAGGUAGAGAACAGAUGAGAUAUAAUGUGAAAACAGCCAAUUUUAUAUGUUGGGGAGAGGAAAAGAACCCAAAAAACUAAUCUGAGAAGGUAGAUACAGUCGCAUAAAAGGAAAAACCAAAUCGCAAUCAUGUCAUGGGACUCAAGAGAGGAAAAGUCUUUCAGUAACAAAGCAGUGGCCACCUGUUAACUAAAAUGAGCGUGAAAGUCAAAGACAGGCCAAGUCAGCUUGAGAAAGGUGCUUUUAGACUAGGAAUGUGAGAGAUGUCAGUCCUGCUAGGGAAUAAGAAAGAAUGUAGAAGUUUGACAAGAGCAGACACAGUCUGUACAGUAAUAUGUAGUGAUAAAAUAUGCAAAACUCUGGCAUCAGUCUGCCUGGGUUCAAAUCCUGGCUCUGCCUUAGCAGCAUUGGGCAAGUUACCUGGGUUAUUCUCUCUGCCUCAUUUGUCCCACCAGUAAAAUUGAGUUAAUAAUACCUGUCUCAAAGCAUUAUUGUGAGAACAGAAUGAGUUUACAAAUGCAAAUUAAUUGGAAAUGUUUAAAAAGAGAUGAACUCUAAAAAUGCCCAUUGUGUCUGGAAAUAGGAAAAACAUUGGUGACUUUAUAAGAACAGCUUCAGUCAAGUGGUGGUGGUUGGAUCGGAGAAAAACCCUGUUGUAGUGGGUUGAGAGGUGGCUUGGAGGUGGAAGAGAAAUAGCAUGAGUAGAAGACUAAAGUUUGACAAGAAAAUAAAUGAAGAAAAGUAGAAGAAAGUGUGCCUCUGUGUGUGUGUGUGUGUGUGUGUGUGUGUCUGUGACAGUGGAAGGGAACAGUUGUAUAUAAUGGAAGUAUGAUACGAGAACUAAGAAAGAGAUUUGUAAGACAGGAUGUAUAGGAGCACAAGGAAACUGGAAGGCAUUUAUAUAAUUCUAUCCUAUAGCAUUCUAAAUAAACUCUUUUUCUCUAUUAUUCAUUUAUGUAUUUUGUAACUAUACAAUGACUAUAACAGACAUAAUAUUAGCAUAGCAAUAUUCAGUCUGAUUGUAUAUCUUAUAUUUGAAGACUCUGGGUAAAAUAUCAGACAUUCCAGCAUGAGCUAAAGCAAAGCAUUUAUCAAGAGUAAUAUCUGAUUUAUCAGUUUAGUUUCUCAGGAACUGUAUUAAUAUAUGCCACAUAAAUAAAUCUGUUGCUAGGAUGACUGUAUUUUAAUAUGUUGUAGGUAAAAUAUGUUCAAUAAGAAAAUUAAGAAGGGGUUGCUUCUUUCAAAUAAAAGAGUGGAAAAGUCCUAGAAGAAAAGGCUACAAGUUGCCAUAGUUCAACUUUAUAUGGCAGUAUUCUAUGGAAAAAAAUACAAUUUAGUAGAAUUCAAUAAAUAGUUCUUUUAAAUAAUAAUAUUAAAACAUGGCUGGGAUUUGAAAUAAAUCAAAAAUUUUUUCUAAUUCUGGCUUCAUCAUCUUAAACAAGUUCCUUGAUGUCUAUGUCCUUUGGUUUCUACAUUUUAUAAAAAUGAAUAAUAAUAUAUACAUUAAAGUUUGUUAUUGUGAGGGUCAAUACGGUAUUGCAUAAAAGCUAACCCACAGUAGAUGCUUAACAUUUUAAAGAACUAAGUGACAUUGAGUCAUGAAGUCAAUUAAAAAGGGCUUGCAAUAUUUCCUGAACUUUUUGUAAUUGGUGAUAAUUCUUUUUCUUUCUUCCAUUGAAACCUCAUUUGACAGCAUCGGACAUUGGGGAGAGAUUUCCCCCAAAAUAAUGUAUUCUGAUUUCCUUAGUCCUAUCCAGUAAACACCAUUGCCAAAGUAGUAUUUUCGAACUUUGUGAUUUAGGCCUUGGUGUGAAGUAUAUUUAUCUGAGAGUUCACUUUUAGUUUUCUUAAACUUAGGUUUCAUUUACAAAAUUUUUUAUUUAAGCAAGGAACAAUAUAAUACUCAAUAAUGACCUAAAACACCUUUUUGAAAGGGUUUGCACUUGAAAGAGACUUUGUUCUUUGAAACCAACUUUAAUAGGGUCCUCACCUUUCCGUUAAGGAGGUGCCGCACUACAAGUUUCAAACUAUAUGGAAAAACUUAAAAUUAGCCCUCUGUUGGUGAUCUCAUAAAAUGGCUUUGACGUUUUGGAAUCUUAAUUUCUAUCUAAACUGUCAGAAAAUUUUCUUUGAAUAUAUCAAUUAGUUGGCUGUGGGAAUUUUCCCUUUCCACAUUAAUAAUUGCCUUUCCGUGUUUCUGAAUCAGAAGCAAAUUAUUCGGGAAAAAGAUAUGUCCAAACAAGACAAGAUUAAUUUAAACAGUGAAGACCAUUUAGUCCACAUUGUCUUGUCAGCCAGCAAUUGUCAUGUAAACUAUCAUUUUUAAGAGUGCCACUGUGUGGAUUUUGUUUUCAAGUGGUUAUUACAUUAAAAUUACCUCAUACUGAGGUUUUUGCACUGAAAUAUCACAGUUUCAGAUUUCAUGGUUAAUGUCGUGCGUAUGAUUGUGUGUAUGUUUUUAAAGAAAACCCGCAUUUUCAAUAGUUGAUCCUAAAUUUCAUAAACUGCACUUCUUUACUCUGGUAAAACUGAUGUUUUUGUGCUUAUUGUGAAUUGCCGUAGUUACCUUUGAAUGUCAACCUUUAUUUAGAAAUAUAAAACUUUUAUCCUUUGUGAUAUAAAUGGUUGAGUGUUUGUACUCAGUAUUUCAAAUUUCACAUGCUAAAUUAAUGAAAGUAACAAGAUUGUAAUUUUUUAAAGUCAGUUACUUAAACGCAAUAAAUAUUGGUUGCUCAAAUAAAAAAAAGGGGCUUGCAAUAAAAAAUUAUGAAGGUGAGUACAAAAGGAAUUUUUACAGCAUAACUCAGCACCAUAAUAAACAAUGGUAUACAGAGAGCAAUGAGAGCAAGGUUGUCUGUUGAGGUCAGACUCUUUCUUGGGGCAUGAAACAAGUUGGAGAGGGGUUAUGGAGGGAAAUCAAAAUAUACCUAGUACAGUCUAAAACAUAAUUCAGUUACAGAAUCUAUUCCUGUAGCAUAUGACUAGGACAUGCACGUGUGUGUGCGCGCGCACACAAACACACACACACAUCACAUAUUAAGCUAUUUUAAUUUUUGAAAUUCAUUACUAUAUCAAUAGGCUUGUUUUUCUGGCAGCUCUCAGGAACUGCUAGAAACAUCUUUGGGCAGUUCAUCCUAGAAGUAGUGUGAUUAUGCAAUGGUUGUCUUUUGAAACAUUCUGACUCCUUCUUCGGGUAAAACUGAGCAUAAGUUACUUUCUCUCAUGUCAUCCAAAGUAGCAUACAUUAGUUUAGAAAUAUUAUUUGUUGUCACUUUGCCACUUUUAAGAUGCCUCAUGACCCUUAAGAAUUGCCACAGGUAUAUAACAGCCUGUUUAAUAUACUUGGAAUUUUAAAACCAACCACAGUUGGGUCACCAUGCCAAUGUUUCUUCUUAUUACACUCUCUAGAACAACAGAUUUCCAGACUACAUAUUUAAUAAUUAUUAAUGUUUUAUCCUUUGGCCUAAUCAUUGCCAGCAAUUGGUUCAGUCUCUUCAUUUCUUCCAGAUAUGGAUACCUACUUUAGUUCUGAAUAUGACUAGAGACUUGGUAAGCCUUAAAUUUCCAAAGAUAAUUCUAAAUUAAAUCUUUUAAAGUUUUAAAAUGGUUUUCAUUUUUGCUUCUCAAGGAUUGCCAACUGAGUUAUUCCCCAUUGUCUUAAGUCAGCCAACUAACUCUUGGCUUAUGCUAAAGUGUGUUUCUCUUUCUCCAUCCUCUGAUCUUGCUAUUUCUAAAAUUAUACAGUUUUGCAUGUAUAUAUUUAUAUGGCAUUUUGAAAAACAGUUCAGCCUUCAAGAGUGGCACUUUCAAAUAGCCAAACUGUAAUAUUUUCCCGCUGGGUCAGCUGCCUCCCUCUUUCUCGUUGAAGGAUGUUCUGAAGUCACAUUUCUUCUGUGAGAAAAGUUUAAACAUUUUUCCUAAAGCAGAAGUGGCAGAAUGUACUUUUAAUUAAGAGCCCUUUCCUUCUCUGGGUCCAGGAUAAGAAUAAAGUCUAUCCUGACCAUCUACAUGUUCACAGCAAAUCUGUGGCACAGAAUGGCUCCCGGUUCUUUAUGUCAUUAUUUUAUUCAUGCGUAUAUACACACACACACUUUGGUGACUCCCUAGUUGGGGUUGUAGUAUAUCAUCAGUCUUUGGUAAAGAAGGAAGAGUUGGUUUGCUAACCACAUAAGAACUUGUUUCAAGACAAAAUCAUUUUUUAUAAAUGCAGACUUGUUGAGGCAACUUUUAAAGACUUAGAUAAACUACUUUUAUUUUUACCUCCAGUUAGUUUUAUAACUGUUCCAAUAAGAGAAUAAAUUAUCUUUACAGAGUAAAAUAUAUAGGACUUUACGUUAGUAUUUUAUCUAGUUUUAGACAUAUAUAUAUAUACACAAAAAAUCAUAAGUAUAUUUCAAUUAAUAUUCUGCUUCAAAUAAAUUGAGAUGAAAUAUUUUAGUAUAAUAUCUUAUAAAAUGUUACAGUAUAACCAAGAAAUUAUAAUUUGCUAGAUUCUUAGAAAGCCUCAAUCAAUGUAAGCCUUUAAAAUGGAUUUACUGGUAAAGAACUAAAUCUUUGGUGAGAUCAUACUGAAAACUUUCCUACCUUUUUGGGUAGAGAGACUAUGGAGCAUUAUAAAGCAUCUUUCAUUAUGAUGACAGUUGCUGCCCUGGGCCACUCUGACCUCAGAAGUUGAAUCACAUGUUUUCCUGCAAAUGAGCCAAGGAUAAGAAGCCCUUGGUGUUGUUUCUACUCGUAUCAUUAGUUGGUCUGAGGAGAAUUUUUUCCAGUUGGCUCAAAAAGAGCCUAAAAUUCCAGAUAAAUUGGGGGAGGAAAAUGGGAAACUUGUACAACUAUUUAUUAUGAAGAAAAGCAAAUUUCUAGUUAUUUCUCAAUUAUAUAAAAUAAAAUUGGAAUCUGAAGAAAUUUUUAAUGAGGUAUUAUUUUUGUUAUAAUACUAUUUGUUCUAAUCAUAAAGACAACCUUUAUUAAAGACAAUUCAGAAAGUCAACAAAAUAUAAAAAAUUAAAGUCACCUAUAAUUUUACCACCCUAAGAUAUUACUAUGAUUAUUUGGGUUUUUGUUCUACCAGUAUUCCUUUAUGUAGGAAGAUAUAUAUUAGCAAUAUCAAAUUCAUAUCAAAAUACGUACACUACAGAUAUAGAUAAGUACAUGGAUGAUAAUAUUGCUUUUUUUUUUCAAAACUUGGAUUAUUCUUUCAACUGCUGUAAGAAAGUCCCUCAAAGAUAUAUCUGAGAGGUAGCUAGCUAUCAGUCUAUUCAAUGGAACACAUUAAUUAAUUUUAAUUAGCUGUAACAUAUGCAGUAAUGUAACAUAUAGUCUCCAGAGACUUUUAUUAUUUCCCUCAUUUACAUAGGGAUUCAUAGUAAAGAAUGAAAGAUUUUCUAAACUUCCUCAAGACACAUGCACUUAGUAGAAAAUCUAUCAUUGUUUAUUUGAGGACACACUUCAAUGAGAUAAAGUCAUUUUGAAAUACUUCUCAUAAUGUUCCUGUGUAUGUUACACCCCAUUUAGAGCAAUAAAUAUGAAGUGCAAUUAACUGGUUAUCUAAGGAUUUAAAUGAAAGGUUUUCCAGUUCUGAGUGUAUUAUUUUUGGAAAUGUUACAUGCAUAGCCCUCUGCUAGGUAUGAUAUUCAGUGUUUAUGGGAUUAGUCCUCACACUGAGCCUAUUGGAGGGAUGCACAUUUUUGGUCUGGAAAAUACUGGAUUAAAGAAAUGCUUCCUAAAAAUGGUUCCAGAGUCAAAUCAGGUUGGGAACAGUUUCAAUUCUUCUUAGAAACAGGGAGUGCAUAUGAGCAAGUUAAUGAGUGAGGCUUCCUGCAGUAGAAACACUUACUUCUUCUCUCCACCCCAGGUCCUAGUCAGAUUGGCAAUUGGGAACCUUUUGCUUGGGAGCUAUGAAGAACUCUUUUUAAGGAGGCCUAAAUCAGAUAAUUUCAACUUUUUUUUUAAUAUCCUACCAAAACCAAUGAUUUGUUUUCUCCCUAUUUUCCUUGAAGGACAUUUCCUCUGGGCUUGACUUUCCUCAUCCUUAAUCGGUAAGAUCUGGAGGGACUGAUAUCAGAGUUAGGGCCUAAAAAAGUAGACAGGGAAAAUGUUCAACAUGUUUGUUAUAGGUCUUAGGUCAACUAGCUUCAAGGAAGACCAUCCUUGGUGUUUUCUCAUGGUUCAGCCUAGCUGUGAAGAGAAUAUAUUGGGAUUUGGGACAAAAGCCUAAAAAUUUAAAAUAAUGUAUAUUUACAUAUUGGUGAGAAGAGUGGAACCUUACAAUGGUUGGUAAAACUGAUAUUUCUUUCCUAGGAAACCCUGAAAUGUAUGUUAUAAACAGCAAACAUGUGUCCUAAGCCUUUGUCACAGGCAGUAAAAUGCAAUGCUUAAUAUGAGAGAGAAAAAUAUAUUGUAAUUUAGAAUAUGAAUAAAAAGUGGUUUUACACUAUGUGCUAAUAUCCCUUAAAAGUAUGUGUGAGAUAUUAAAUAAAUUUUGUGUGAGAAAAUUUUGUAAUAAUAAUUCAGAUUUUUAUAAGUUAAAAUAAAAUCAUGUUUUAAAAAAUAUAAUACUUGUACUACCCAGCCUUUUUAGGCUGAAGGGCCUCACUUACUGAAUUUGGAAGAAACUGGAAAAGCUUAGUUAAAUUAAUAAAAUGAAUAUUAUUCUGUUGCAUUGAAAAAGCUAUGCUUUACUUGACAGUCAAGUAUUACCAUUUCAACAGUUUGACCAUUCCAGUCCAUCAAGUUAUUGGUCAAUAUGUUUGAAUCUGGACCACUCAGUGACAGAAGACCAGAAACACAUCCAGCUAUUAGACUACACUUACUAGUGAGUUUGACAGUAAACAUUGACUGUCUUCUAAUUCCUUUUCCUCAACGGAGACUGCAGGGCUGAUUUCCAUUUUCUUUUCUAAUCAUUAAAAUAUAUUGUAAUCAGGAAAUAGAUUUUUUUUAAAAAAAGACUAUAAUUCUCAAGAUUUGCAUAUGCACAGCAGUAAUAUUUUUAGUGCUUGUAUUAGUCUGUUCUCACACUGCUAUACAGAACUGCCCAAGAGAGGGUAAUUUAUAAAGGAGGGGUAUUUAAUUGACUCAAAGUUCCACAGGGCUAGGGAGGCCUCAGAAAACUUACAAUCUUGGUAGAAGGGGAAGCAAACAUGUCCUUCUUCACAUGGCAGCAGGAAUAAGUGGAAAGCCAAGGGGAAAAGCCACUUAUAAAACCACCAGAUCUCGUGAGAACUCACUAUCAUGGAAAUAGCAUGGGAGUAAUGGCACCCAUGAUUCAAUUACCUCCCACUGAUAUGUGGGAUUAUGGGAAGAACAAUUUAAGAUUGGAUUUGGGUGGGGCACAGCCAAAUCACAUCAUUCCAUCCUUGGCCCCUUCUAAAUCUCAUGUCCUCACAUUUCAAAACACAGUCAGGCCUUUCCAACAGUCCCUCAAAGUCUUAGCACAUUCUAACAUUAACCAAAAUAUCCAAGACCAAAGUCUGAUUCCACCCUGCGCCCCUUCCAAAUCUCAUGUUCUCACAUUUCAAAACACAAUCAUGCCUUUCCUACAGUCCAUCAAAGUCUGAACACAUUCUAGCAUUAACCCAAAUGUCCACGUUCAAAGUCUCAUCUGAGAUAAGGCAAGUGCCUUCCACCUAUGAGCUUUUAAAACGAAAAACAAGUCAGUUACUUCCUAGAUACAAUGGGAAUUGGAUAAAUAUACAUGUUCUAAAUGGGAGAAAUUAGCGAAAAUGAAGGGACUACAGGCCCCAUGCAAGUCCAAAAUCCAAUAGGACAAUCACUAAAACAUAAAGUUCCAAAAUGAUCUCUUUUGACUCCAUAUCUCACACCUAAGUCAUGCUGAUGCAAAAAUAGGCUCCUACAGCCUUAGGCAGGUCCAUCCCUCUUGGCAGCUUUCAUGGAUUAGCACUGUUGCAGGAUAUAGCCCCCCUCUGGCUGCUCUCCAGGAUUAGCACUGAGUGUCUGCAGCUUUUCCAGGUGCAUGCUGUAAGCUGCCAGGCCAUCUACCAUUCUGGGGUCUGGAGGAUGGUGGCCCUAUUCUCACAGCUUCACUAGGCAGUGCCCUAUAUAUGGGAGGUCCAACCCCACAUGUCUCUUCCACACUGGCUUAGCAGAGGUUCCUCAUGAGGGCUAUGCCCUGAAGCAGUCUUCUGCCUGGACAUCCAGGUAUUUCCAUACAUUAUCUAAAAUCUAGGUGGAGGUCUCCAAACCUCAAUUCUUGUUUUCUGCACACCUGCAGGAGACUUUCAUGUGGAAGCCUUCAAGAGUUGGGGCUUGCACCUUCUAUAGCAAUGGCCCAGGCUGUACCUUACCCCCUUUUAGCCAUGGCUGAAACUGAAUCAGCUGGGACACAGGGCACCAUGUUUCAAUGCUGCAUAGAGCAGGGGACCCUGGGCCUUACCAACAAAUCAUUUUUUCUUUCUAGUCCUCAAGGCCUAUGAUAAGAGUUGCUGCUGUGAAAGUCUGUGACAUGCCUUGAAGAUGUUGUCCGCAUUGUCUUGGUAAUUAACAUUUGGUACUUCAUUACUUUUGCAACUGUCUGCAGCUGGCUUGAAUUUCUCUCCAAAACAUGGGGUCUUCUUCACUAUCACGUUGUUAGGCUGCAAUUUUUUCAAACUGCCAUGCUCUGCUUCCUCUUGAACACUUUGCUACUUAGAAAUUUCUUCCACCAGAUACCCUAAAUUAUUUCUCUCAAGUUCAAAGUUUCACAGACCUCUAGGGCAGGGCCAAAGUGCCAUCAGUCUCUUUGCUAUAGUAUAACAAGAGUCACCUUUGCUCCAAUUCCUAAAAAGUUGCUCAUUUUCAUCUGUAUCUGAGACCACCUCAGCCUGGACUUUAUUUGACAUAACACUGUCUGCAUUUUGGUCAAAGCCAUUCAACAAGUCUCUAGGAAGUUCCAAACAUUUCCACAUUUUAUUAUCUUCUUCUGAGCCCUCCAAACUGUUCCAACCUCCGCAUGUUACCAAAGUCAUUUCCACAUUUUUGGCUAUCUUUAUAGCAGCACCCCACUCUACUGUAUAAGUCUGUUCUCAAGCUGCUAUAAAGAACUUCUCAAGAGUGGAUAAUUUAUAAAGGAAAGAGGUUUAAUUGAUUCACAGUUCUGAAGGGUUAAGGAGGCCUCAGGAAACAGUCAUGGCAGAAUAGGAAGCAAGCAUGUCCUUCUUCACAUGGCAGCAGGCAGGCGAAGUGCAGACAAAGGGGGAAAAACUUUUAUAAAACCAUCAAAUCUUGUAAGAAUUCGUUUACUAUCACAAGAGCAUCAUGGAGGUAACCACCCCCAUGAUUCAAUUACCUCUUAUUGGGUCCCUCUUACAACACAUGGGGAUUAUGGGAACUACAAGGUAAGAUUUGGAUUGGGAUACAGCCAAACCAUAUCUGUUCUUGAAAGAAAUUUUCUGACAAUAUUUUUUCUUAUCAAUCUCCCUCACCCAGAAUGGUAUGGAAAAAAGCAUUGAGUUCACCAACAGCAACCUGCCAGAAAACUUAAGAGCCUCCAUCACAUCCCCUUUGUGACAUGGAAGAACAGUUCUGUUAGUUUCACAUUGGCUUUGCAUGCAGAGUUUCACUGUGGAAAAGGGCUUGUCCCUAAGAUUUUUCAUCAUUCUUUUCAACCUGAGAUUAACAGGCAAGUGCAAAGUGAUUUCAGACUUUGCUCUGGGAACCUAAAGUGUCUUGUUCAUAGGCAUCUGAAUUUUUCAAAUCUCAUAAAUUCUUCUACUGUUAUCCCAAUGCUUCAAAACAUUUUAGCUGGAGAGUCUAUAAUGCACUAUGGUGUUUCAGUUGACAUUACAUCUGUAUACGAUAACAACUUGACUUCAGGUAGUACAUAAAUCCUGUGGGCUACAUUUAUCAGAGCUGUAAAAAUAGCCACAGAAAGUCCAUGACACUUAAUUUAUUUUACUGAUUUGAUGUCCCAUAGAGUUUAAAUUUUAAACAUACUUUUUUCUUACUUCAUUUUGUUCUUCCCUGUUCUUUGUUUAACAGUUUGAGAAUAUUGAUUUAGCAUGACAUUCCUACCUGAUAAAGUAACAAUGUUUGGAAAAAAUUAGUGGAGAAGUGUUCCAAAAUAUAAUUGCUCACAUGCCAGAAUUUUACUCUUACAUACUCUGAUUUGGUGAUGUACCUGCCCGUGCACAUUAGUGUCACCAGAAAGCAUUUCUUUCACUCUGGUUCUCAUUACAUCUCCAGACCAAGAUGUUCUUUAGACGUAAGUAUGCAAGCCAAAUUGCCUUAUUGGUAUUGGUGAACCACAUCUCAGGUAAUACUGCUAAGUUCAUUCAAUUGUUAAUAGAUACAAAUAUUUGCUAAAGCAGAGUACAAGAUUGUUAAUGACAAAGUGAGUGCAAAUACUUAUUUCUCUCAUCACCACUUUACCAUUGUGCUUAAUCUAUACCUAAAACACAAGUCUGGAUUUAAUCCAAAUGUUUGAAAGUGCAUUUUAAAUACACACACACCCAUGUACACACACACACACACACACACACACACAUCCUGCCUUAGUUCUACCUGUUUUGAACUCUCAGACAAUGAGAGACACAUGUUUACCUUAAAUGCUAAUGCUAAAAUUAUGCCUCCAAACCGCUGGAAGUUCUCUAGGAUAGGUAAAACUUCAUACUAUAUAUACAAGGUUUUGUUAAUUCUCACAAUUCUCCCCAAGUUUACAAAUGCAAAACCUGUAAUUACUUACUUAAAUAGCUAUAGUUAUGGUUUUGAUUUUGAAUUCAGAUCUGUAUUUCUAAUUGCCUUUUUUUUUCUAUUACUUAACUACAAUACUUAACUAGAUUUGGUUCGAUAGUCACCAAACUUCACUGAGUGCCAGGGAGGUUCAUUAUUGUAGUAAAAAGGAGUUCAGUCUUUUCCAGAAGAGUUUAUUCAGAGAUCAUUUACAAGACUUAGUUUCUGGCUUUGGCACUAAAUUAAAAUUUGUAAUUUAAUUAUAAUGACAAUGUAUAUAAUAAAUUCAUAGUUAUUCUAAGCAGAUAUAAGAAAUCCAUCUAUUGUGAU